ACGCUGGAUUGUGCUCUCCUUGAUUUCCUUCUAUAUCUUAUGAGAGCGGGGAGGAAAUAAGUAUAUAUCGUGCUUCUCGCUCUGGCAGGAUCCUUUCCCAGAAUCCCUCUUCUUUUGAUCUCCUCAGACAAACACACGUGCAGGCACUCGCUCAUGUCCGGCUACUCUUGACGAGUCGUGUGUUCCGUUCGACGCCAGUGGUAACCUUUUUGUUUAGUGUGCGGCUGAAAAUAAUUAGGUGGCUCGUUUUCCACCCUCUUCUUGCAUCAAUGAAGCUCAUUCUCGACUUUGAAUAACACUCCACUUCAAGGAGAUUAUGGCUUUAAGAGGAAAAGGAGUAAUUUCUUUGAAAAAAUGGCUUCCAGCGGCUGUGUGGGCGAGCGUCACAUGUGCGCUCUUCUCCUGGGCCUACUUCCGCUACCACCACGAGCCCCGUUAUUUCUACACUCGACAGAUUUUAGGGCAAUGGUUGUGCGUUUCAAGAGGUACGGCAGCGGUUUUGCAUUUAUGCAUGGCCUGCGUGGUUGUUCCUGUCAGCAGGUUUUUGCACCUUGCCGUAGCGAGGGCAGCGCUGCCUCAAAGGUUGCCCAAGAUUAGCGCCCUAUUUCUUGUGCACAUGCGAAAAAUGCAUGUCACGUUUGCUUUCACUUUGGUUGUUGCUUCCGUCGUGCACACAAUAUCCCAUGUGGUGAAUGCCUUCAACUUUUCUUUACACUACAACUACGAGUACCCUGAAGUGAACUGGGGCAAAGCUGGACAGGGCGCGCCGUCUUUAGUGUUUACUUCUGCGGUCGGGCUCUCUGGAAUCGGCAUGAUGGUUAUUAUUACUUUGAUGGCUUACACGUCGUUGGAAAAAGUGCGCAAUCCUCAUUACAAUUAUUUCUGGUUCUCUCAUCACUUGGCUUGGCCGUUUCUUGCGCUCUACUUAAUUCACCCUCUCAGCAAGGUAAUCAAAGAGAUCUCAAACAUCGAAGAACACAAGCCUUGCUUGCAAUAUGUGGUGAGAGCAAACGAUUCUUUCCAACAACCCUGCGAAGUACCGCCAGCAUUCAAAGCUCCAGAAUCAGAUGCGUGGAAGUGGCUCUUUAUUCCAUUGAUGUUAAUGUGUUUCGACUUGAUAUUGAGACUCAGCAGUCAAUUCAAAGAGACGACUGUUUCCUCAGUGGCCGCUCUUCCAGGACUAGCACUUGAAAUUUUUAUGCACUGCUCUAGUUUUUCUUGUUCUCCAGGACAGUACGUAUUGCUGCAAGUUCCGAGUGUCUCGGCGUUGGAGUGGCAUCCUUUUACCAUAGUCAAGUGCCCGUCCGACAAAGAUAGAAAGUUUUCAGUAAUUGUCAAGGCCCGAGGAGACUGGACAAGGAAGUGUGUCAAACAGAUGGUAAACCAAUUUAUCUUGAGUGAUACAAAUAAUAUGAUCAAUAAAGAAAUAAGGUUGCUCAUAAGCGGUCCAUUUGCGAGUCCCAUGGAACAAGUGCAGAGAGGAAAAUAUUCAGUUUGCAUUGGAGGAGGAGUAGGAAUCACACCGUUCAUGUCUCACCUUCGAUACUUGUUGGAAGCAGACUGCAAUCAAGUCGAACAACUUAAAUUUAUCUGGGUAUGUCCUGAUGCUAGCCAAAUAUUGUGGUUCGCCUGGACACUAUCAUCUCUACACGAUAAGUUCUGGGAAAACAACAAGCCAGACGUUUUCAACUUCAGCAUUUAUGUGACAAAUCCCAGCAGCUGUCAAUAUUUAGAAGGAGUUUUGGAGGCUAAAUAUCCUAUAGUCGCGCAGAGAGUUCACAGUGGAAGACCGAAAUGGGAUGCUCUCUUUUUUGAUAUUAAAUGCGAAUUCAGUACCAAAGACGUGGUUAAUAUCUUUGGUUGUGGAUCAAAAAGCAUGCUCCAGCAGCUGGGCUAUCAGUCUAAAAUGAUCUCUACUAGUAGAAAUAGGUACGUGCUUGUUCGAGAGGCAUACUCAUGAUUAUUUAUUGUAAUAAAUUUUAUUCUUAAAUUAAUAAACGCGAUACGAAUGCA